AUGACAAAUUUACAGUUCUGGGCCGCUAACAGCCAAGUACAUGUUGUUAAAAAACUUAAACCCAUAAUCAAUGCGCUAAGGAAUAUUUUAAUCAAGUGUUCACGAGUAGCACCUUCAAAAGUGAUAGCACCAAAUAGUGCCAAUAUGAAGCCAUUUACUGAUAUUAUCACUGAUAUAUACUCCGAGUUUAAUCGUACCUGCACAAAAAUGGCAAGUAUACAGAGGACGAGACAAGUACCUGCAAGAGAGUUCAAAGACUAUUUGGUAUAG